AAAUUUUUGUAAAAAAAUGACUAUAAAACCAAUGUGAAAUAUAUAACCGUCUUUCUGCUGCUAGCCCUUUUUGACAGGUUGAAUUUUACGUGAAUUCCAACUUUCCAAGCAUCGAUUGAGUAGAAUAGAUUUUUGUCUCUUAAAUUUGCAGCUUAAAUUUCUCCUUAUGGACUCUAAUUUUAUGAAAGUAUCUUCAUUCAAUGGAAAAAGCAAACCGAUCGUUGGUGCAUUUGCAUUUAUAUAUGAUGCAUUGAAAUGGGAUGGAAAUCCAUUAUAUAUGAAUAAACAAGCGAUUAUCUUAUAAUUCCCAGUUUUUCUUGCAAAAGAUGAAAUAGUAAUGCAUGCAGUCCCAUCUCCUGUAUACAUACAUGGAUGCCUUUGAUGCUGUUCUGUUAAGGAGAAGCGUACAAUUUGCAAAGCUAUUGUAAAUAGCAAUUUAAAGACAUAAAAACUGGGAACUAAAAUAUUUGUAUUUGCUUGAAUUGUUCCAAACCUCUUCGUACUUACCGCUUGGGUUUCCUUGGGAUCCUUUGGUCCAGCUACUGUUCGUUGUCGUCUUGCCAAAUUUGUUUAUGGAAUAAAAAAGUUUUUGAUUUAAUUUUAAUAUUCUCUUUUUGGAUAGAUCCAACCCUGGUCCACCAACAAAGAGCAUGUAAGCCCAAACUCAACAUAUUAUUUCUUGCCUGGCAUGAAAUCCGUACACAAAGAAAAUUAAUAAGGGAAAAAGAAAACAAUACCAAUGCUUGUAUGGAAAAAUAAAAAACCUAUUCAACUACAAAACUGCUUUUCUGUCUUUAUGAAAAAAAUUUCGUUAUUUAAGAACCCAAUAUUUCUUUUCAGCAAACAACGUCUCUUAACUAACUAUUUCUAUAAAUCCAUUUCUUAAAAAAGGAAAAUUUGAUUUGAAACGGUUUCAGUAGGUUGACUUUUGAUAAAUACCUGUAGCUCUCUCACUUUGCCUUCACCCAUACCCCUCUAAUAUUUUUCCAUAAUGGCCGACCAGCUCAAAUCAUUACCUCGUACUGCUCGUCAAUUAUAUGAGUUUAGUUCAACAAAGAUUCCCAAUGCAUUAACCCAACAAGAACUUCUCGAUGGAGUCGGCGGCUCUGUUUCGGUGAACAAUUUAAGCAGUGCGCUCAAUUUACUGCUCAGCAAGCGGCUUUUAGAAGCUCUCCAGCAAGGGAACACUCUCGUUUAUCGUGCGGUUCCUUUGGAAGAGGCUAAAACUGUUUCUACUAUGGAAGGAGAUGAACAAAUCGUUUAUGAUUUUAUCAAGAAUGCUGGUAAUGAAGGAAUAUGGACGAAGACGUUAACCUUGCGAACCAACUUGCAUGUCCACGUAGUCAAUCGAUGCCUGAAGGCGCUCGAAUCCAAAAAUUUAGUAAAACCAAUUAAAAGUGUAAAGAAUCCUACACGAAAAAUUUACAUGCUAUAUGACUUGGUUCCCAGUAGUGAACUUACUGGUGGCCCCUGGUUUACCGACCAAGAACUCGAUGUUGAAUUUAUUGAGAACCUAAAGAAGGUUGUAUAUAGAUUUAUUCAUGCAAAAAGCUUUCCUCCAAAGAAAAACGCAACUGGCCCCGAUAUGAUAUGGUCCCCUGAGUACAAUGGAUUUCCUACAGCUUUACAAAUACAUACAUGGCUUCGCAACACGAAUAUUACAGAAGUUGAGCUAUCACUUGGAAAUGUCAUUUCCUUAGUAGACGUUUUAAUAUACGAUGGUAAAGUAGAGAAACGAUCUGAUGGAGUUUCCUAUUGCUCUGUUCGACCUUCUCCCGAUGCCACAAACGCCUUCACCGAAGUACCUUGUGGUACUUGUCCAGUGGCAGAUAUUUGUGCUGUUGGAAGUCGGGUUUCACCAAUAACUUGCGAAUAUCUAGAUAAAUGGUUGAACUAGUUUGCCCUAGAAACCACCCUGAAAAAUUAAUAUGUACGAUAGUUAAAGGUUAUUUGUCAUUUCUAAUGUUUUGGUUUUUGGUUUGAUUUGGGUUUCGGUGGUGCACAUGGUUAAAAAACAUCGUCUGGGAAACAGGUUAAUAAAAAAACAGUUUACAUGCUAUAUCCGUUGAAAAUCGUUUAUUUGAGUAGACUUAUAUUAGUAAAUCAAUCUGUAUUUAAUUUGUUUUUAUGGUUUAUUAAUAAUACUAGUUGUCUC